GGGACCGUGCGUCUCCCGCCAGGGAUGCGGUCCCAGGAGGCUGAAACAGAGCGCAGCGUGCCUUGGUCCAGGUGUGCCAAGAGCAGGCGGGGCCUUGAGGGAAAAGCUAUCAGCCCCCUCAGGUCAGUUCCUCAGGUCAUACCACUUCGAAUCCCUCUUCCAGGGAAGGCUAAACAUGAAAUAGACACAAAUACUCUCAUAGAAAUAAAAUCAGAUACACCUGAGGUCUCUAUUUAUUACACUUUAGAUGGAAGUAAACCAGAACUCAUUAGGAAACCUGGCUAUGGAGAGUGUAACACUUUUAAGUAUAAGGGUCCUAUCAUAUUACCAGUUGGGAAAAUAGUGCUCAAGGCACUAGCAGUUACAAAGGACUGCAGGAAGAGUACAGUUGUAACAAAGGUGUUUCUGGUAGAGUACAAGCAAGCAAACAUCCUUUUUUCUGUUGAAGAUGAUGACAAGAAUUUUCUAAAAGAUAUAGCCACACAGAAUAAGGAAGGUGGAAUGUUUACUACAAAAUCAAGGAAGAACGGACUGAAUAUGGAAAUCAAGCCUGCCUGGGGUGAAGCACCCCAAGACUUUCAAGAAAGAAAGACUUCUCAUAGAUCCCUGCAAGGACCACAGCUCCUUGCCAGUCAUUUGGGAACAACAGAGUACAGAGAAGAAUCUGUCUCAGCACCACCAACAGAGUCAUUGCAGUUUGCAAGUUCUUCUGCAGUGACAAGCCAGAAAAGCUUAGCAAGCACACAAGUGUCAAGGAUCCAGAGGGAAACAGAUUUCCUUAAAUGUGCACACUGUUCUGCACCUCACCUGUCUAAUCUGUUGGCUCACUUCUGCCAGAAAUGUGGAUCUCCUAUCCCACCUGUGCCAGUACAUCGCUUCCCACUCCCUGAAGGAAGGCAGAUGGCACCAUGUCUUGAAUGCAGACAUCCUGUGCCAAUGAAUACACCCACUUGCAUUGUAUGUGAGGCUCCACAGCUGCAGCCUCAAAACAACACCUGCAUAAAGGGUAAAGUAAUUUGUCAGGUGUGUGGCACAAGAAAUCCUCUUCACCAUAAACACUGUGCAACUUGUGAAAGCAAACUGCCUGAAAUACAGACGGCUAAACAAUUACAAGCUCAAUUUGCCUGGCAACCUCAUCCUGUUUCCAUGACCAAAUCAAGGCCAGAACUAACAGAAAGAGAAGAUAAAGGAACCCAAACCAUAGGACUUUUUUACCCAUCUAGCAAACAGUUGGAAAAGAAGGAGCUUGAGCUGAUUUCACAAAAAGAAAAGCUGGAAAAGAUGAGUGAUCAUAAGCCUCUCCUGACAGCCAUUAGUCCUGGAAAAGGUUACUGGAGAAAACAGCUGGAUCAUGUCUGUGCUCACCUUAGAAGCUAUGCUCAGAACAACCUUGAAUUCAGAGCACUGAUUGGAGAACCUCGAAUGGGAAAGAUUAAUUCUGCUACCAUCUGUGAGGAUGACUAUGAAGUCACUAUUACACUGAAUUAUGUUCUUGCUAUUAACAAGGAUAUUCAUACUAAUAAACCAGUGAAGUUCAGCAGUCAUUACCUGAAUACUGUAACAGAAGUCAGAGAUGGACAGGAUAGGAAUCAGACCAGUUUUGGCAAAGAUGAUUGUAAUCUUUUCCAUUCAAGAGGCAAAAUAAAGAGAACAAAGUCAAGAACACUUACAGGACAAGAAGAUAAGCUCUCUCCAGAAUCCAGACAACUACUGGAUGAACUGGGUCCAAAUGGAAAAGGAAGAAUCACUUUUAUAGAACAAUUGCUCAGUGAAGGAGCUGACCCAAACUGCAUCAGCGACGAGGAUCAACCUGCUCUCACAGUUGCUGUCCUUAACAAGCACACAGAAGCAAUCUCCCUCCUUGUGCAGAAAGGUGCCAACAUAGACCAGCAGUCAGGACUGCACAACAACACAGCUCUCCAUGAGGCAGUUCUGCUUGGAUUGGAGGGACAGGAGAGCAUCCGAGUCCUGUUACGCUGCAAUGCAAACACACAAAAGAAGAACGCAGAAGGGCAAUCAGCAUAUGAUUUGGCUGUUACAACUGGAAAUAAUGAGGUUAUUUCAUUGUUCCAAGUAAGGUUGGACAGAGAACGUUGGACAAAUUUAUGAAACUCAGGAACAUUGGUGUCGUCAACGUGUUACUACAACAACCUUUUUCUGAAAAUAGAGCUGGAGGUUCCUUGAA